GGGGUGUAGCGUCGACUUCACCUCACUAGGUUCAAGAACCAGACAUGGCGGCGUCCAGUGUUUUCAGACCAGGCUUGUUUAACCAUAAAGUAGCGAUUGUAACGGGCGGCGGGACCGGCAUCGGUAAAGCCAUCUCUGCAGAGCUGCUGGAGCUCGGUUGCAGUGUGGUGAUCUCCAGCAGAAAGGUAGAGAGGUUGGAGGCGGCAGCUCAGGAGAUGAGACAAAGAAUCCCUGCCUCCAGCCCUGCGUGUGUCACUCCUCUACCGUGUAACAUCCGAAACGAGGACGAGGUGAAGAAUCUGGUGUCAUCAGUGCUGAAGCGGUUCGGCAGGAUAGACUUUCUGGUGAACAAUGGAGGAGGUCAGUUCACCAGCCCGGCAGAGCACAUGUCCUCUAAAGGCUGGAGGGCAGUGAUUGACACCAACCUGACAGGAACCUUCCACUGCUGCCAGGAGGUCUACACAGCGUGGAUGAAACAACAUGGAGGCGUGAUCGUCAACAUCAUUGCCGACAUGUGGAAAGGCUUCCCAGGCAUGGCACACACAGGGGCAGCGAGGGCAGCAGUGGACAACUUAACAAAGAGUCUGGCCAUCGAGUGGGCGGCCUCAGGAGUCAGAAUCAACUCUGUGGCACCUGGAACAAUCUUUUCCAAAACUGCAAUGGAGAACUACAAGGACAUUGGACCAACAAUUUUCAAGACGGCCAUUCCAUUAAGCCCUGCGAAGAGGCUGGGAGUACCAGAGGAGAUCUCAUCAGCCGUGUGUUUCCUGCUCUCUCCUGCUGCCUCCUUCAUCUCUGGAGCCACCCUGAGGGUCGAUGCAGGACAGAGUCUGUACCACUCCAUGUGGGAGAUACCUGACCACAGUGCAUGGCCCGAAGCUCCAGAGGGAGAGAACCUGGAUGCUCUGAAGGACCUGCUCAACCCCCAAAGCAAACUCUGAUUCACUUUUAUGGCAGAGUCUGAGCCCGGGUCAUAGACACACAGUUGGCCAACCAUCAUGGACCAUGAGCUGUAAAGGCACCAUAAACACAGUCAAUGAAACAAGACACCAGAGUGGCCUGGGUAGAAGAUGUUCUGAUUUAUUAUUAUCGCAAAUAAUGUAAAUAAUUGUUUGUAAUUAUUAGCAACAUGAGUGUCUGAUUAGUUUCUUGGAUGAUAAGCUGUGACAUAAACUGUUGAAAUGUAUGUAGAAUGUUUUUUUCCAAUGCCUUUGUCAGUAAACACAAAGUGCUUUUAACAAAGUGCUUUAAAAGUGGAGACUAAAUAUAGAAACAGGAAAGGAAAAUGGCAGUGAUUUAUUUUAAAUUUUGCACUGAUUUAGUGUCUCUGAGGCUGAUUCAGGAGCUAAAAUAUCAAAAUCACCUUUGGUUUUUUGCUUGGACCUGAAACGGUUACUGGUUCCACAAUAAACAGCAGUAAAUGUUUUGAUGAUGGGGCGGCAUGGUGGUGUGGUGGUUAGCACUCUCGCCUCACAGCAAGAGGGUUGCCGGUUCGAUCCCGGGCGUGGGAGCCCUUCUGUGCGGAGUUUGCAUGUUCUCCCCGUGUCAGCGUGGGUUCUCUCCGGGCACUCCGGCUUCCUCCCACAGUCCAAAGACAUGCAGAUUGGGGACUAGGUUAAUUGAUAACUCUAAAUUGGCCGUAGGUGUGAAUGUGAGCGUGAAUGGUUGUUUGUCUCUAUGUGUCAGCCCUGCGAUAGUCUGGCGACCUGUCCAGGGUGUACCCUGCCUCUCGCCCGAUGUCAGCUGGGAUAGGCUCCAGCCCCCCCGCGACCCUCAAGAGGAUGAAGCGGUUAGAAGAUGAAUGAAUGAAUGAAAUGUUUUGAUGGUUAGUAUCACCAUUUCAAAUUUGAAUUAUCCUUAAAAGAAGUGUUUGAUUGCUGCACUUUUAAAACUCACGGUAAAUAUCCAGCAUCAACCAAACGUAGCAACAGUCUCCCAGAUGCAUGGGUUUCUUCUGAAAUUCCCUGAGUGGGCGUGCAGCAAAUCUGGCUUCUGGUCCCUGUCCUCAUCAACAGUGGCAGAUACUCGAGCAAGCAUGUCAAAGACAGACUUUCUCUAAUGUUAAUUACUGCACAUUUGAUAUGGUUUCCAUGUGUUUACAUAGGAUACAAGCUAUGUUAUAAUUUUAAUGUUCAUGCAAACAAAAAGUGCUGCUAAUUUUGUUUGUGGUUUUUAAUAGAAAAGAAAUUAAUUCAAUUAAAUUAAAAAACACUGACAAAAUUA